AUCAACAAGUGUCAGACUCGCUCCCGGUCGUCGACUGCCAACAUGUUGUGGCCGAGAGAUGCUGCUAAGUUAAUUGCCUCUAAAUCCCAGAAUGUCAGUAUUGUAAAUGAAGGAGUAAAGAAAGUGGCUAAUGUCAUCGCAGAGGCCGUGAGGGAUGGCAAGCUGGACAUGGAGGAGUUCAAACAGAAUGAAGUGUUGCCACUGAACAAGGGACUGACUAAGGCACAGCUUGCUGACUGGGUCUUCCUUAUUGACUCACUGAAUUUUAACUUUUGGACACCUCAUGGAGUCCCCAAGUACACCGUUGAGUAUGAAGGACAGAAAAGGAGUGGAUACUUGGCUAUGGUUUCUGCUGUCAACAGGGCUAUUGAUGAGGGGAAGAAGAUGUAUGACCCAAAGUUCUACUCCCAGCUUACUAUUGAAGACAUCAAACAUAUAUUCCGUUCUGACACUGCAUCAACAAUGCCACUGUUUGAAGACCGCGUUAAAGUGCUGAAAGAAGUGGGCGAUAAGCUUAUAGAAAAGUACGAUGGAACAUUUGUGAAUGUGUUACGGAAAGCAGAUGGCAGUGCUGUGAAGCUGAUUGACAUUGUGACAAGUGAAUUCCCAUGCUUCAAUGAUACUGCCACCUUUGAGGGACAGAAAGUGGCCAUUUUUAAAAGAGUGCAGAUUCUUGCCGCUGACUUGUGGAUGUUGUACCGUGGAGAAGGUCUGGGAGCAUUUACGGACAUAGAUUCACUCACCAUGUUUGCUGACUACAGGGUUCCUCAGGCCAUGGCAUAUUUUGGAGUACUGAAAUAUUCCGACAGCUUGAUGGAAAAACUCAAUAAAGAAGAGCUAUUUCAGUCUGGAGAUCGAGAAGAAAAGAGCCAGUUUUUGGAGUAUUCUGGAUACCAGGACAUUGGAUAAAUGAUCCCAUACCUGUACUGAAGAUUCCUAUGAAUGAGUACAGAUAUUGUGGGAUACGUCCAACUUGAUUCCCAUAAUCUUUCAGGUACAGUACUGUAAUUUAGAAUAUUGUGUUUUACUGAGGAUGAGCAAAUUUAUUUUUUAUUUUAUCAUGUCAAUUUGUUUUUUGAAAAUUUUAGUAUACAGUAAUUUGUUUAAAGUUUGUCACUAAUACUCCAUAAUUUAGCCAAUUAUAUACAGUAUAUCUACAUAGUCCCGUCCUGACAUACCUUACCUAACUUAAUCCUUGUCAUUACUUAUCAUUUAUUAGCCAACCUUCCAUUUAAGAUUUUCACACUUCCUGAAGGAUUAAAUAAUUGUCUUUAAAAAGUUCUAUCAUCAUUAUCAAAGUUAAAUCAUUAUCAUCAAAUGGUUAAAUCAUCAUCUUUAAAUGAUUAAACCAUCAUCCUUAAAGGAUCCUAUCAUCAUCCCCAAAGGGUUAAAUCUUGGUCCUCAUAAGAUUAAGUAUGUAGUAGUACUGUACAGGUAUAUGAUAGAGUAUUUGUUACCAUACUGUACCUUGUUAGAUAAGAUAACAGGAAACACGUGUCUUUGUUCCAGCACUGUACGAUGAGGUGGCUGUACAAAUGACAUUGAAGUCUCUACAAUAGCAAUUAAAGAGCUCAGUGGAUAUUAGGCCUUUAAUGACUUUCUUGGGCUAGCACUGGUUGAAACAACAUACUAUUAACCAUUGAUUGUGUACCUGCACAGUCUAUGUACAUGAUGAACCAAUGAAACAUGCACGAUAAUAUACAGUAUACUGUAUAAAUGUCGUUAUGUGUGGGUGUACGAUGUUUGGUUGUGGUCACAUGCAACUAUUUAUUGUCCCUUCCCACUGCCACUUACCGGCAAUAUUAUCAAAGUCGUUGAAAGCUUACUUCCACGGAGAUCCAUAAAGACUUUAGCUACAAGUGAAAUUUUUUGCUGAAACUUCUUUUUGAACUUCAAGAUUAACAAUGCAAGAUGGAUACUGUACUGAGGAAGGUAAGAAAUAUGAGAAGCACAAAUGAGAUUAAGUUUGUAGAUUCAUAGACCUUGUAUACUGCCAUCAUAGGUGCCUUGUAUACUGAUGCCAUGAGUGCCUUUUAUACUGCUGCACUAGCCCCAAAUUGGUGGCCUGAUUCCCUAAGAGCUUAUACAGUAACAUUAUUUUCUCAAUGGUGUAGAUGAUAGAAGGAUUAAAAUACAGUAGAGUCUGAAUGCAAUCUACAGUAGAUGUCAUUUUGAACCAUCAGCUGUGUACUCUCUCUCUCUGUUGCCUCCCAACUGGUGGUAAUAAACAUACCUAGUGAAGGCAGGAGCUCAGUACAUUAUCAUGUUACAGUACUAUACAGUAUUUGGAUGUAAAGGGUAUACUGUACUGGUAAUUAUUAUGUUUAACUUAAAUCAAUCAAUCUCAUAUAUCUUUUUAGCUUCACUUCCUACACGACUUGUGAAUUCUGGGUAAAUAGAUUAUCCUGGGAAAAUUUCAGUGAAUCGUAAACAACAUCUGCAGUUUCUCAGCCUUGUCUCUCAAGUAUAGUACUGUACAAUGGUUUAACAGUAAUAGCAUCGACUUUGUUCAAAAUCUCAGUACAGGUACUCCUGAACAUGCUGAUUAAGGAUCUGUUGACCAAAAUUUGAUAU